UGCAACGGGCCUACUCCCUCUCACCACUCUUCUCUUGGCUUAUGGAAAUUUAUCGGGAAUUCUAUGAGCCUCUAUUACUCCUAGAAUUUACCUUUCCAGGAGACACUGCUGGAUAUCAAGCCAACUAUCAGUUUAUCGUAUCCAGAGUAGCUUUUGCGAGUUUUUAGCAUCUCCCUCACUGUUAAUUAUAGACCCGAUCUUGUUUAGUUAUACAGCAAGAUGCCGUUCACCACGAAGAACUUUCUCGCAGUCAUGUUUGCGUCGUUCUCGUCCAUCUCUUUCAUUGUGUUCCUCGCCACCACCCAGUCUUUUUUCGUUAGCGACGCCUUAAACUACCCCCAGCAAGCAUCCCAGCAGUCCAUGAAGCUCGGAACCAUUAUCGGAAACUUGGGAUUUUACGACGAGAUUCUUUCCAUAAUUUUAUCUCCAUUUAUUGGAGCCUUUAGUGACUACAUCGGGUCAAAGCCAUUGACUAUCUUCGGCUUGUGUGUCAUUGGUGCGAGUUUCCUUGGCUUCACCAGCAUCACCAACGUGGAUGGCAGUGACACGGUGUAUUACCACUUGAUCUUCUGGAGAUUGGUGUUUACCGUGGGCGCUACGUCCUCGGCGUUGAUGAUCACCACUAUGCUAGCGGAAAUUACCACGUCCGGGUACCAGCUAACCACUUUUAAAGCCGACUUGAGAGCCUGGACCCAGGGGAUAAAACAAAGACUUUUAAAAAACCAGGACUCCCAGAUUAGACUUCUGGAGGAAGAGGAGGCGCAGGAAAGCUCUGCGGUCCCUUCGAAAAAGAACGGAGUGUUAACGGCCAUGAUCGGUGUCUCCACUGGGCUUGGCGCGAUCUGGGCCAUCAGCGUUUAUCUCCCGUUGCCCACAAAGCUUUCUGGCAGCUACACAACCUUGGUGUCUAAACUUGCAGCCCGAAACGCUAUCGUGAGGACAUAUCAACUUGUGGCUACCAUCUCUUUUCUCACAGCCGUUGGCUUGUACUGGGGACUCUACAACGAAAAGUCAAAGACCCGUGUCUUCAAGAAGCUUGUCACAUUUGGCAGGUAUAAGGGUAUGACGAAUGAGACCCCCUUCGACGAUUCUAUCUACGACCAGACUCCGAAGGAAAACUACUUGAGAUCGAUCCAGCACGGGUUCCGUUUGUCCACGGUUAAUCCUCAGAUCGCACUUGCGUAUUAUGGCUCUUUUGUUGCUCGUUCCACCACCGUUGCCACCGCUGUGUUCAUUCCCCUUAUGAUAUAUAACUACUACCACAAUGUUACCAAGCAAUGCGCUAGUGAGGAUACCGGGAGCGGAGAGAUGAAGAAGCAGUGCCACGAAGCGUACGUCCUGGCGUCUAUCUUGACGGGGAUCUGCCAAACUGUCGCGUUGUUGACCGCCCCGUUGUGGGGUAUCCUUACCGAUUCGUCAAAGUUCUCUGCUCGCAUGAAUAUGUUCAGGAAGAAGACCCACCCUUCUUCCAUUGACGAGGGUGAACAGACCACCGCCACCACCACCAACCAGGGUGCGAUCAAAUGCUUGAUUGCCGGUGCCAUUUUGGGGACAUGGGGCUGCGCUGGUAUUGCUUUUGCUGCCAGUACUGAUAAACCCCUCAGCGCGGGGAAGAUUUGGCACGUUUCGUUGAUUGGAAUCUCCCAGAUGGGUGCCUCUCUCCUCUCGUUGUCCUUGAUUACCAACCAGGAUGUGAGGAACAAGGGUGCGGUAGCGGGGGUUUACACUUUGUGCGGCGGUGUGGGGGUAUUAGUUAUCAGCAAAGCCGGGGGAUGGGGUAUGGAUCACUACCACUGGAUCGGAUUGCCUUUCUUUGUUUUGGGGAUGUUCAACGUAGGGUUGUUGAUCUGGGGUGCAUGGGUGUUGUUGUUUGCCAACCAAGAUGCCUUGGCAACUUUCGAAGACGAAGGGGUGCUUAUCAUCUAAAAAGUUCAGUUAGCACCACAUACAAUUCUGGCCUUUGCCGCUGACAACCAGUCUACUGUUACAGUGAUUCCAUGAUGCAUAUAGAGGGACACGCGGGAGGCACCAGCAUUCUACAUCUGGCAGUAUUAGUGUCAAUAAACGGAGUAAAUUUAUUAACCACGCUAGUG